AUGUACACAUCUGAACUCAUCUGCAACUACACCUGUGUGUGUACUCACCUGUACACACCUAUACAUGCACACCUGUACGUACACACCUGUACAUACCUAUACGUGCAUACCUGCACGUACACACCUGUGCAUACCUGUACACACCUGUACGUGCACACCUGUACAUACCUAUACAUACACACCUGUGCACACCUGUACACCCCGGCCACACCCCCGCAGGCCCCGCCUUUCCCGCGCUCUCGCGAGAGGGGUGGAGCGGGGCUGGGCGGGGCGCACCGGCCGCCGCCGCCGCCGUUGCCGUCCCGUUCCCGGUGCGUUCCCGGCGCCGCCGGUGCCGUGGCUGCCAUGGCGGGCUCGGCCGCGGGCUGGGCGCCCACCCACGUGCGGGUGACGGUGCUGCGGGCGCGGGGGCUGCGCGCCAAGGCGGCGGCGGGCGGCAGCGACGCGUACGCGGUGAUGGCGCUGGGCCGCGACAAGUUCCGCACCUCGGUGGCCGAGCGGUGCCGGGGCGAGCCGCUGUGGCGAGAGGAGGCCACGUUCGAGCUGCCGGCCCGAGCGGCCCCGCUGCGUCUCACGGUGCUGCACCGCGCCCUGACCGGCGCCGAUAAAUUCCUGGGCCGGGCCGAGGUGGAGCUGGCGGCGCUGCGGGACCAGGGCGGCCCGAAGCACACGAGUGCCCUCCGUGUUCUCAAUUACUGGUGGUUAAAGAAUUCUCCUUGUUGCUGCAGGUGGUACAAGCUUCACUCCAAACCAGGGAAGAAGGAAAAGGAGAGAGGGGAGAUCGAGGUGGAUAUCCAGUUCAUGAGGAGCAACAUGACAGCCAGCAUGUUUGAUCUGUCCAUGAAGGACAAGCCCCGCUCUCCCUUUGGGAAGCUCAAAGACAAGCUCAAGGGCAAGAGGAGCAGUGGCCUCUCGGACACGGCGUCAGAGAUCGUCCCCAGCACCUCCCACUCCCCUGCUGACAGCGAGGAUGAGGCAGCCGAGAAGGAGAAGAAGAAAUCCAAGUUCAAAGCGCUGUUCUCCAAGCCUGGCCUGCAGAAGACAUCCCUGUCCCAGUCCAUGUCAGUGCUGCCCACCCAGCAGCCCCUCACCCAGAGGGUUCGGCUGCGCCCCAGUGACUUCCAGCCACAGUGGGAUGAGGAGGAGCCCGAGACCUCUCCUGUCUCAGAACGAUCCUUUGAAAAUGUGCUGGAAGAGAAGCCAGCUCCUUCUCCUCUGUUCAAAUCUCGUAAACCAGCCUUUUUGGACAGUAGGCAGCUAACGCAAGGAACCACUAACCACACCAAAAAGGAUGGGCUCUCUUUGUUCAGUGGCCUUAAAUCCAAAAGUGAUCCCGUGUCCAAGUCUAGUCUGUGCAUCAAUGGCAGUCACGUUUAUAUGGAAGAAACCACAACAAAGGACAAGACUCCAGCCUCCUCCCCCUCUCCUCACAACCUCAGGAGGAAGCAGCUCUUUGCUUCAGAGGAGAACCUGUCCUCCAGGUCCACUAAAUCACCUGAAGAGAUGGGAAGAACCUCUCCUGGCCAGGCUUUCUCUGGGUCCACAUCCUUGGAGACCUUCAAAUCCAUGACUCUGCCAUCGUACAAACUGCUCAGCAGUGAGGAGCACCUGGACACCAGCGUCCCACCGAGCGUCGAGGCUGUUAGAGAGACCAAAAAACCAGAGCCCAAAAAGUCUGCCUUGCUCUCCCUGGUCACUGGGAAGAAGGAAAUGGUGAAGACCAGCGAUGCUGAGAUUAUUCCUGACAGGACCCUGCAGAAUGAGGAAAAUGCAAUUGCAGAAGAGAAGAGUGAAGAGGAGGCCAAAUGCCCUGAAGGCCCAGCAGAUUUGGGCAGGGGGAGCCCGUCAGGAGAUGUUCUCCAUGUGGAGGAGGCCGUCACAAACAAGCAGCUGCUCAGCCCUUGCGAGGAGGAGCACAAACCUGAGAAAGCUGCUCCAGCCAAGACCAAAGCUGUGAAACCCAGACUCCAUCCUGUGAAGCCAAUGAAUGCCAUGGCAAACAAGCCUCAGAGCAAGAGCCUGAACGUCAUCAGCACCAUGAAUGAAAAGCUGCUGGAAAUGAGUGUGAAGAAAUACGAUCCCUCAGACCCUGCCUAUGCCUAUGCUCAGCUGACACACGAUGAGCUGAUCCAGCUGGUGCUGAAACAGAAGGAUACCAUCACCAGGAAGGACCUCCAGGUGCGGGAGCUCGAGGACUACAUCGACAACCUGCUUGUCAGGGUCAUGGAAGAGACCCCCAACAUCCUCCGUGUUCCCAUGUCUGGGAACAGAAAGGCUGGCAAGAUGUGAAGGGUCUGGGGGUGUCGGUGGGCAAGGACUGAACCCCCCCAGAGGAGGGUGGGGAGCUGCUGUGGAGCAGGUGGUGCUGCUUGUGCUGCUCACAGAAAAUGACCUUUUUCCUGUUUCUGCCUUGAGCAACCCUGGGAUUGAUUAAUAGUUCCAUCGGGUGUUGUAAUGAAGUCACCUUAUCGUAUUUAUUUUUUGUUUUCUUCCCAUUAUUUGGGAAGAUCAGGCAUUAAUCCAAAGGCUGGUUGUGAUGGGAAGGAGGGUUUUUGAUGUGUUUUGCUUUCCAGCAAGGCACUGAUGAUCCUUUAGGAAGAUUUUUUUUAAUGGUUUUGUUUUUAGCAGCUUUGAUAGAUCAGUUACUUUUCUUUCCACAUCUGAAGUUGUAGUGCAAUAUAAAUCCUUGUACAGUAGAGCUAGAGGAUUUGACUGUUUUUAAAAUAAUAAUUAACUACACUGGAAAAGUCCAAAGAUGUCCCAGCUUCAGGCCUGGGUUGUAAUUUUAAAGGAAUUAAUGCCCUGAAAGUUGACCAUAAGCUGACCAAAUCUCAGUUCAUCUCAUCAAGUGGACAUUCCCAAGAGUCCUUCAAGGGAAAGUUCACAGGUUUUUUGGAGUAGGAGCCAUUGAGGUUCAUGGUACGUUUCUGCCAUAGGAGUGGCAUCAAUGGAUUGGGCCAAAGGUACAUUUUAACUCAGAAAUUCUCUUAGUGUCUUAAAAUCUCCUGCUCUGGAGGUUGUUCAAAGGAGGCAGAGGCUCCCCUGGCCCUGCCCUGUGCCCUGGAGCAGGGCUGGCUCUCACAUCUUGUGCCCUGUGGGAGUUCUGUGACCAUUUCCCUUUUGCAUUCAUUCAGGACACAGAAAUGCUUUGGCUUUUGGUGCUGGGGCUCACCUUGAACACCCUUGCAAGGCGAGCAGUCUUGCAGAAAGUGCUUUUUGCUGUCAUUGCAGAGAGGGGAGGGAGCUCUGGGCCUCCACCCACUCUGGUUCCUUGCUGCUCACUGGGAGGAAAUCCUUGUGUGGCUGAGAGCUGCUGGGUGUGCUGGACAAUCCAGACCUCCCUGGGGGUCUCAGUGGGUUCAGGGAUGUUCUCCCAAUCCCAUGAAACAGUGGGAUCAGCUCAUUGUGGGGAGCAGCCACCACAGCUUCCCCCCUGGGAGCUACAUGGGGCUUCUGUUUGCUGAGCUCUUGGCAAAGAUCCAAAAAGUCAGAUGCCUUUUUUGCACCUCUGGGAUUGACCAGGGUGGGAAGA